CACAUUGCAAAUUUGGUUAGGAUGAUGCAAGUUUUGAAUGUUCAUUAUAUGGUUUUUUUAUUUUUGUAUAUAAUUCUUAAAAGUAGUGUGAUACCAUUGCGAUACUGAAGUUUGAGUGAGUAAACUAUUCGGGAUUACAGGUAAAAUAGGCGUUGCUGUAGAGUGAAUCAUACGAAUUUAAUGAUAGUUAAUGUGAAUAGUAUUUUGUAUUAUUUAAUUAAGUUAAGAUUAUAUACAUUAACAUCAAUAUAAUUAACAUCAAUAUAAAAUAUUUUAUAUGCGAAUAUAUUCAAAAAAUUAUGUACAUGGAAGUGAGUAAAAAUUUGUACCAGACUUUCGAACACGUGAUAUUUAUUUGACAAUUUUUCUUUAUCUUUUUCGUGCAUUUGUGUAAAAAUUUUUUGAAAAUAAUUUUAAUAUCUUUGGGUUAAGCUUUUCAAAGAAAUUUCAUAAAUAAAAAAUGGCAAAGAGAAUACAACCAUCCUGGGUACCACCAGAAAGAAAGAACAGCUCGGUUCUUAGGUUAUACAAUAGUUUAACUAGAGAGAAAGAAAUAUUUAUUCCACAAUUUGGAAAUCGUAUAUUAUGGUAUAGUUGUGGACCUACUGUUUAUGAUGCAUCACAUAUGGGACAUGCUAGAUCAUAUAUAUCUUUUGAUAUAUUAAGGCGUGUGUUAUCUGAUUAUUUUGGAUAUGAUGUUUUAUAUGUGAUGAAUAUUACUGAUAUAGAUGAUAAAAUUAUAAAAAGGGCUAGACAAAAUUAUUUAUAUGAGAAAUAUAUAGAAGAGAAUCAUACUCUUGAUGAAAUUCUGGAUGAUGUGAAAUAUGUAAUGUGUAUUUUUGAAGAUACAGUAAAGAGCACAAAUGAUGCAGAUAAAAAAUGCAUGCUAGAAAUAAUGUUAUCCAAUGUGGAAAAAGCUAUUGGAAAUCUUGAAAAUGCAGUAAAGCUCAAAGAUGAGGCUAAAAUAAAGGAAUAUCAAGAAUUAUUAUUAAAAGUAGCACGAGAUCCUUUGGCAGAAUGGUUGGACAAAACAAAAGGAGCUACUAUUACAGAACAUUCAAUUUUUACCAAAUUGUCACAACAUUGGGAAAUGGAAUUUCAUAAGGAUAUGGAUUCUCUAAAUGUAUUAAGGCCAAAUGUUUUGACAAGAGUUAGUGAAUACAUACAUGAAAUUAUAGCAUUUACUGAAAAAAUCAUAGAAAAUGGAGUUGCAUAUGAAAGUAAUGGUUCUAUAUAUUUUGAUGUUGCUACUUUUGAUAAACAGGAUAAGCACCAUUAUGCUAAACUUGUCCCAGAAGCAUAUGGUGAUACAUCAAGUUUACAAGAAGGAGAAGGAGAGUUAAGUAAUUCAAAGGUAUCUGAAAAAAGAUCACCAAUUGAUUUCGCGCUUUGGAAAUGUUCAAAGGAAGGAGAACCUUGGUGGGAAAGUCCUUGGGGCAAAGGACGUCCAGGUUGGCAUAUAGAAUGUUCAGUCAUGGCAUCUAUAAUUUGUGGAGAAAGUUUAGAUAUUCAUACUGGAGGAAUAGAUUUAAAGUUUCCUCAUCAUGAUAAUGAAAUAGCACAAGCAGAAGCAUACUAUAAUAAUUCUAAUUGGGUUAGAUAUUUUCUUCAUUCUGGUCAUUUGACCAUAGCAGGAUGUAAAAUGUCAAAAUCGCUAAAAAAUUUCAUUACUAUACAAGAUGCAUUAAAAAAACAUUCAGCAAGACAACUUAGGCUUGCGUUUCUUUUGCAUUCAUGGAAGGAUACAUUAGAUUAUAGUGAUGAUACCAUGCAUAUGGCCAUUCAGUAUGAAAAGUUUCUAAAUGAAUUUUUUUUAAAUGUAAAAUGUAAAAUUAGGUCUUUGGGUUCAGAGACAAACAUUAAUAUUUUUGCUAAAUGGACGAAGUCUGAGGUGGAAUUAAAUGAAAAAUUUUAUCAUGCCAGAGAUUUAAUACAUAAUGCAUUAUGUGACAAUAUUGAUACAAGAAGUACGCUUGAUGCGAUUAGAGAUCUUGUGACACAUUGCAAUAUUUACAUGAAAGAAAUUAAACAACCAAAUACAUUAUUGCUUAGAGAUGUCGCAGUUUAUAUUACAAAAAUGUUUACUAUAUUUGGUGUCAUAUCAUCGCACGAUAAUAUUGGUUUUCCAGUUGACAACAGUACCACGAAUUUAAAUAUUGAAGAGAUUGUUAUCCCGUAUCUCGAAAUUUUGGCAAAUUUCCGUGAAAAAGUUAGAAAUCACGCUAAAGACUUAAAAGCUAGUAGCAUUCUCGAGGAAUGCGAUACAUUACGUGACGAUAUUUUACCAAAUAUUGGAGUUCGUUUGGAGGAUAGCAAUGAAAAAAUUUGUAACAUUAAAUUGGUAAAUAGAGAAGAACUAUUAAAAGAGAAAAUGCAUAAGAAGCAAAUGGAGUUGGAAAGAACGUUGGAAAAGGAAAGAAAAAAAGCGGAAGCUGCAGCAAAAGAAGCGCAGAAAAAGAUUUCUCCUUCCGAGAUGUUUAAGUUAGAGAAAAAUAAAUAUUCUCAAUUUAAUAGCAAUGGUAUACCAACGCAUUAUAUCGAUGGUACAGAAAUCAGUAAAGGACAGAUGAAAAAGUUGCAGAAAUUGCAGCAAGCGCAAGAGAAGAGAUACAACGAAUAUCUUGCAUCCAUCAAUGGUGUUUAAAAUUUUUAUCUAUAUAGUAUUAAUCUUGUGCAUUGGAAAAUUGAUUAUUCAAGAAAAAUAUCAUUUUUCUAAAAUAUUUAUUUUCACUUUUUUUUAUCAUUUCAUUAUUUAUUAAUUUAUUACUGUUUAUGAACGUAACUACAUGAUAUUUAUGUUUGCGUUUGUACAGUAUUUAAUUAAACAAAUUUAUUUUAUUUUA